CUGAGUUGAUCCCACGUGUGACGAUUCCAUUCCCGGCUCAGUAAUAUUCUCAUAGCGGGCUUUGCAUAGCUUUUCCCGUGUCUGUGUGUGUGUGUCUGUUACUGUAGUUACUGCCUAUAGUUUGGUUAGCUAUGGAAGGAGACGGGAGUCAAGCCACAUCUGGAAGCCCAAAUGAUUCACAACAUGACCCGGGUAAAAUGUUUAUCGGUGGCCUCAGCUGGCAAACCUCACCAGACAGCCUUAGAGACUAUUUUAGCAAAUUCGGAGAAAUAAGAGAAUGUAUGGUGAUGAGAGACCCCACGACAAAACGUUCCAGAGGAUUUGGGUUCGUUACGUUUGCAGAUGCUGCCAGUGUAGAUAAAGUCUUAGCUCAACCACACCACGAAUUAGACUCAAAGACGAUUGAUCCUAAGGUUGCCUUCCCCCGACGCGCUCAACCUAAGAUGGUCACAAGAACAAAGAAAAUAUUUGUGGGCGGAUUGUCAGCCAACACGGUGGUGGAAGAUGUGAAGCAGUAUUUUGAACAGUUUGGGAAGGUAGAAGACGCCAUGCUCAUGUUUGAUAAAACUACUAACAGACAUAGAGGAUUUGGCUUUGUAACUUUCGAGGGUGAAGACGUCGUAGAGAAAGUCUGUGAAAUUCAUUUUCAUGAAAUCAAUAAUAAAAUGGUAGAAUGUAAGAAGGCCCAGCCCAAGGAGGUGAUGUUCCCACCAGGCACGCGAGGGAGGGCCAGGGGCCUGCCCUACACCAUGGAUGCCUUCAUGCUGGGGAUGGGCAUGCUGAGUGAGUAUGGACCAACACUACUCCAGCAAAGUCCAGCACACUACUCAGUCGCACACGGUUACCCGAACAUUGUGGCGACGUACGGCCGUGGAUACACUGGAUUCGCCCCGAGCUACAGCUAUCAGUUCCCUGGCUUCCCGGCGACGGCGUACGGACCGGUGGCGGCGGCGGUGGCGGCGGCGCGUGGCUCAGGUAGGGGGGCCCGUGGAAGAGGCGGCUACAUGGCGUACCCACAGAACGCAGGGCCAGGCUUUCCCGAUUACGGGUUUUACUCUGCGCCCAGUGACCAGAGGGGGGCGCCCUGCUCCUUUGCGGACUAUGGCUCCCUGGGGCCCCAGGCGGCUCAGAUGCUGCACAGUGAGCAUGCCACCUCCGCCUGCAACUCCCCCCUCCAGCACCUGCACAGCCCGGAUCAGUUUAAGAGCCCAGGGGGAAACCCACCUCGGCCUGGAGGUUUCCCUGGUGCCAACAGCCCUGGGCCUGUAGCCGAACUGUACGGCCCUGGAGGCCAGGACUCUAAUGUGGGCAACUACAUCAGUGCUGCUAGCCCCCAGCCUGGCUCCGGCUUCGGCCACAGCAUGGCAGGCCCGUUGAUUGCGACAGCUUUUACAAAUGGAUACCAUUGAACAGGUGGUUGGUUGCCAUCUCAUUGGAGCAGAGUCUAUCUGGUGGUCCAGGGAAGACAGGCCGAAGCUUCUAAUUAGCUCUGAGUAUAGGUGAUGCCAUCCAACUUCAAGCACUACAGCGUCACCCAGGAGAAAUGAGAGGUGGAACCACAACAACAACAACAACAACAACAACAACAACAAAGUUCAAAUCAUCUCAGAAAAGAAUAAACUGCUGUAUCAUAAUCCAACCCUGUAACCUGACAACCUGGCUUGGUAUGUUUCAUGUUGAUUUCAUUCACUUUUUUCCUUUCUUUUAUUAGUUCUUUGAUUAGCUUCAGAGAGAGGCAUUUUAGUUUCGCCUUAUUUGGGAUUUUGUCUUCUAGUGUACUCAUGUAAAUGGUUUUGUCUUCUAGUGUACUCAUGUAAAUGGUUUUGCUUCUCUCUUUGGGGGGUCAUAGUUGAAUGUUAUCAAGUCAUGCCUACACCUUUGGUACCAAUCAUUUAAACGAAACGGAUCAGAGCUUCAGGUGUGUUUUUGCACACAAAAUAAAUCCAAAGUGGAAAGGUUUGGAAAAAAAAACAUCCAUUUUAUUUCAAAUGACAUAUUCGAGAGUGUAACUAACUAAUGCAUUUUAGUAGCUGCUUUUUUUUUGGUGAUGUCUCAUUGUUAACCAUAAUUACCUAUUUUUUGGGCAAUACAAAGAGGACUCCAAUAUUUUUAUGGUCCUUUUUUAUAAAUGUUGUUUUUGUUGUUUAGAAAAAAACAUGUAUACUAUAAACAAUUUCAUAUAAAUACAUUGUGAAUUCAAGAUUUAAGAAAAAUAAAUGUAACUGUAAAUAUUAUUCCAAUCGUGCAUAACCAACUUGAUGAGAGGAUAGCAUAUUUUUGUGAUGGUUUGUCAAAGAAAUGUUCUAGCGUGUGAAUAGAAAAAAAGCUCUAAACAAAUACUAUUAUCCUUUACUGCUCGGAGACAGUGACUAACCCAGUGAUGGACAGAACACUGAUGGCUUGCUCUGGAAAUACACAAGCUGAAUAACUUUACAAGUGUCAUACCAGCAUAUUUACAAAAGGUGAGUUCAGUGCACAGUUCAGUUCAGUUUUAAGGUGAGUUCAGUUUUAAAGGAACAAAAAGAUCAUUGGUAUCUUUUUGUCUAACCAACUGUUAUUUAGAAAUCAAUAUUAUUUCAAAAAGAGUGAUCAUUUCUUCCAAAGCACACUGUAUUUAGUGUUGAAGAAUAGAACUCGAGCCUAAGCAUUUUACAGUGCUCUACGCAUCCUGACACUUUUAUACUCCGGAGAGAAGAAUUCAACUCGUUUGUAGUUGGUUGUUGUUUGUUCCCUCCUGCUUGUUCCUGUUAAGUUUGGGACGCAGUAUCUGGACUCUGUGGUAGAGUCCGUGUAUAACACUUGUUCUCUCCAUCAGUUCUCUUUUCAAAUGAAUUAGGAAGGCAAAUAUUUUGAUACCAUACCUCAGUCCUGUGAGUUAUACCUUGGAAUUGUUGACAAGUUUAAUUUAUUUUAGUGGCAAAUAGAUUAAAACAUUGAAUGGAAAAAAAUUAUAAAUCAUUGCACUGUGAGCAGUAAAGAAAGAACAGGCCAUUUCCUAUUUGCACAUGUAUAUGUUGGCUAUUUAAAAUGGUUGUGUCUGGGGUGAAGUAUGAAGGAAUAUUGGACGUUGCUCCUCUCUAGAAUAGGCAUACACAGGGGUGAAUAAACAGAUUGGCAGAUCGCAAUUAACUGAUUCAUUACUACCAAUGUUUUGUGGUCUUUGGAUUUCAUUGUAUGGUCAACUUCUAAUCUAAAAUAUUGAGAUCCGGCCAGAAGACACUGAAUAAAUGAUUCAUCCUGUUAAUCAUAGCUUGAUGCGCAGAUUUCUUAUGCAGUACAUGUGUAGGGACAGGUUUUGCUCGAAUAUAGAGAGACAUUUAAUGACAUGCUUUUAAGUGCAGUAAGAGUUGUACACAUGAUGAUGGAAUGAGUGGUGUCUAUUCUGAUGAUGUACUUUUCCUGCUGCAAAUGUAUUUGGUAUUUCAUUUCACCUGAUGUUUCAUUUCAUUAGCUCUUUUGUUCAGAACAACCAGGUGAAGGAAAAUACUGGAUGCUUUUGAACGAUGUGGAGAUAAACAAGUAAUAAUUGAAAUGAGAAAACAGAAGAGAACCGGUGUAAUGUUCAAAUGUAAAAGAAAAAAAGAAAUACAAAAAAAAAAAAGAUGCUUCUUCACUGAUUUCAAUUUUGAGUCAGGGGGUUUUAUUGAUAUUGUGGUUACUAUUAAUAAUUGUAAUAUUAUAUUAAAAUGUACUGUGCAUCCAUCGAUUUCUCUCUUUCCAUUCCCUGUCACCACAUACAAUAUUUUGUUGAUCAUCCAUGCAUAUCAAGUGUGUACAAAAAACAAAAUCACAAUGAACUUGUAACAGAGUGCUGUCUUUGAUACCAGUGUAGUGGUCUAUGCUCUUCUUUGUUGUUCUCCCUUCCUCUGCCUCCUUCCUCUGUCACAUUAUACCCCACCCACCACCCCCCUCUCUCUUAC